AAAAAUAGCAGACGAGCCACCAUCCAUCAUCGCAUCCCCCGACCCAACAGGCGGCCACCACCAACAAACCGCCGCGUUGAGCUAACCACAACACACCGAAGAAGAACACAAAAGGUACCUGCCUGCCCGCCUCGCACCCUCCUCACCCUUCCACUGUCCCCGUGGAAGCCGGCAACGCAGCCCACCCUCGUUCACCAGCGUCGACAAGUAUCCCGAGUCUUUCGUUCACAGCACGGCAUACCACCAGCUCGCCAUGGCCACGACCGAGUCCAAGCCGGCGCUGUCGGCCCUCAAGACUCCCCUCUCUGCCACCUAUCCGUCCGAGUUGAGGUCGCCAAUGAUCCACUCCGCUGCCACCCCAACUUUCAUCAAGCGGGAAGAUGCUCUGAAGACGCCCAUCACCCCGCCGACUGCUUACCUCGACUUCCUCAAGACGCUGUCGCCAGUCCUCAUGAGCCCAAUGGCCACCGGAACCAGCUCCAAGUUUGUCUUCGAGGGCAACCGGCCAGUCUCCACUGCAUCCAUGGCUUCUGUGACAUCAUCUGCCUCCAGCGCCUCCUUCACCUCAACAUCUGCUCCCAAGGACAACACCUCGCCAACUUCGCCCGCCUCUUCAAGAGCGAGCAGUUGCUGCAAUUGCGAGCACUCGAAGCAGGAGCCACCCAAAUCUGCCCCUCCUACCAAGGUUGACACCGUCACCAUUCCUCCGCCUUCACCAUUCACAAGGCCUCAGUCUGCUCGCACUCCCCGCCUCUACAUUCCGCAAUCUCCAUACUCACCAGCAACUGUGCGGUCACCUAUGAGUGCGCACUCUGUAUCAUCACCUUACUCGGCAGUCUCUCCAAAAACGUGGGAUCUGGACAAGAAGACUGGCCGGACACGGCGCGUUAGUGUCCGAGAAGUUGUCACUCGAACAGUGACGUACAGCAGCACCCCAGUCGAUACUCAAGCACCGACAUUCCCACAGAUCGACCCCGCGCCGCGAGGCAAGCGUAGAAAGAUUGAGUAGCAAACUCAAUCCCCGUUUCUUGCCAUUCUAUUUUUGUUAGAUACCUCGAGCAAGUGUGGUUACGCAGCCACCAGUCCAGUGUCCUUGGUACGACUUCACGACCGGAACACCUGAUUUGGCUUCCCAACUGGAGCCAUACAUAGAGCGGCUGCUUUGCUUGCCACUCCACAAACCCGAUGGCCUAUUCAUCCUGUCCUGCAAUCUCGUUGCGUAUCAUCUUGUUCGACAGCUGGACGCUUCUACCCGAACUAUCAAUAAUCUUCGGGUCC